GCGCCUUUUGACGACCGUACCAGAGACGGACCAACGGCCGAAACAAAUCCGACUGAUAAGGAAUCUUGGCGGACGGAUUUUUAAACAAUCGUUGCAAUAUUUCGCUGAUUUAUGUUUUGCACCUGCAGCGCGUCUGUUGUUGACGUUCAUCGCACGGAUCAGCGGUCUUAGUCGUCGGAGGCGGUUCGUUGUAAACAAUAACAAUGGCCUCUGGUUCCCCGUCGUCCUCUCCGGACACUGCGACGGGCUCCGGUACGGAUCCAGCCCGGCCCGACACGGGGGAGCCUCUCGGCGGGGCCGGCUCGGACUCUGAUUCGGACUUGGGUUUGAGUAAAUUUGACUGCGGCGCCAUGGAGAUGGGGGACCAGAUAGAGGGGGACGAGCUGGAGCUGGAGUUUGAGUCGGCAGCCGACCGUGUGAAGGAUCUGAUCCAGACAGCCAGCAGGGACCAGCUGCUGUACCUGUAUGCCCGCUACAAGCAGAUCAAAGUGGGAAAGUGCAAUACAUCAAAGCCUGGCUUCUUUGAUUUUGAAGGACAGCGAAAAUGGCAAGCCUGGAAGCAGCUUGGAGACAUGGAGCCGGAGCAGGCAAUGCGAGAAUACAUUUCCCUUGUCAACGUGUUAGACCCUGAGGGCGCCACAAAGGUAAAAAACGAGCACCUCUCAGCAUCCAGAUGUGAUAAUUUACAGCUUUCUGGCUCUUAACAUGCUGUGAGAAAA